CAUUCCCCUCCAGCCUGAGCAUAAAGUAACAAUCUCCAGCAGUACCAUGUUCGCCAGUUCCUCUGCCCGUUUUUUCACCCCCUCUGACCCUUCCAAAAAUGCCAAAAAUUUGGCCUCUGCCUCUUUCACAGCUCGCUCAUUCAACAUGACCACCCGCAGCAUGUAUGGUGGAGCUGGAGGCUCUGGGGUUCGUGUCUCCACCGUUGGUAGAGGUGCAAGGGGCUUCAACCUGGUCAACGCCCUGGAUGUGUCUGCAAAUGAGAAGGCCACCAUGCAGAACCUCAAUGACCGUCUAGCCACCUACCUGGAGAAGGUGCGCUCCCUGGAGAAGGCCAACGUUGAGCUGGAGCUGAAGAUCCGCCAGUUCCUGGAGAGCAAGGCCUCCCCUAAGGCUCGGGACUACUCCGCAUACUACGCCACCAUCAGUGACCUCCAGGCCAAGGUAUGUGGAUCAUGUCAAGUGUUGGAUCAUGUUACUUGUUCUUCAAGAUUUUAGCUCUGGCUUUCAGGAGCAAGAAACUGUAGAUGAAGACCUUUAAUGCAAAAGUAAAGCAAACCAGACAUGUGGACUGUUUUAAUAACUAAAACUAGCAUUACAUAAUAAAAAUUCAUAAGAACCUAUAUGGAUAUAAAACCCUAACUCUAACCUAAUCUAACCCAAACCCUGCAGACUUAGAAAGCUUAUUAUUCCUGGACUGAUCUCAACCUUCAAUGCAUCACUUCAUUAGUUACUUUUAGCAUGUCUUAAGCCCAGCACUAGAAAAGGCAUCAAAACCUGAGCAGAAUAAAAGCUAUGAAUACGAAUUGUACUGGAUGAUAUCUGAGCAAAACCUUUUAAUCUUAAGCUUAAGACUUUCAUUAAAGGAUUAGUUCCUAACCCAGUCCUCAGGGAACUUCAGACAGUCCACACUUUUGCCGUAUUCA